AUGACAAUGGACAUUCCCAAAAAAAGGAAGAUCGUAGAAAGAAUGGACAUCCUGAAAUGUAUUCAUUCAAAAUACCAAGUACGAAAUCUCGAUCAUAUUGAGACCGCCUGCUUCGCUAGUGGACAUCCAGUCGUUCGACAUUUCAAACGUGGUAUUCGUUCGUGGGAAGAAGACGCUCAGAAACUUGUUCGCCUUUGUCUUGCUCUUGACAAUCUAAUACUUCGUACAGCACGAACUGCUGCUUGA